UUUCAUUCCCCCCACACCCCACUUGGCAUUUCCCUCUCAUCAUCUUCGCCUCCUUCCAGUUCGACGGCAGCGCGAUCGGGAUAGGGUUUGGCGGUGAUCGCGGCUCGGCAUGGAGCAGAGGAACCUGUUGGUGUCGGCCCUGGGCGUCGGCGUCGGCGUGGGGCUGGGGCUCGCUUCCGCUAGGUGGGCGGCGCCGACGCACGGCGAGGGAGGCGGUGGCGCCGGCGCCGGCGCCGCGGAGGUGGAGGCGGAGCUGCGGCGGCUGGUCCUGGACGGCCGCGAGAGCGAGGUCACCUUCGACGAGUUCCAUAAUUUCCACUACUACCUCAGCGAUCAGACCAAGGAAGUGCUCAUCAGCGCAGCUUUCGUCCACCUGAAGAAAGCGGAAUUGUCAAAGCACAUCCGGAACCUCUCCGCUGCAAGCCGCGCCAUACUGCUCUCUGGCCCCACAGAGCCUUACCUGCAGUCACUUGCGAAAGCUCUGUCCCACUACUUCAAGGCGCGGUUGCUAAUUCUGGACGCCACCGACUUCUCGCUUCGGAUCCAAAGCAAAUACGGGGGCUCCAGUAAAGUCAUGCUCCGUAAUCAGUCAGUAGCUGAGACCACGUUCGGGAAGAUGUCUGGUCUCAUUGGAUCAUUUAUGACAUAUCCUAAGAAGGAUGAGUCUAGAGAACCGUUGCGUCGGCAGACAAGCAACACGGAUUUAAGAGCAAAAGGCUCUGAUGGUUCUACCAGUAUGCCUUCACUUAGGAAAAACGCCUCUGUAUCAUCCGACAUGAGCGAUCUUGCCUCACAAUGUUCAGGACAUUCAGUGAGGCGAACCAGCAGCUGGUGUUUCGGUGAGAAAGUUCUGAUACAGUCACUCUACAAGGUCAUGAUUUCAGUAUCUGAAAAUGAUCCGAUUAUUCUUUACAUAAGGGAUGUCGAUCAUUUCCUCUCAAAAUCGCAAAGGACUUACUCGAUGUUCCAGAAAAUGUUGGCAAAAUUAUCUGGUCAAGUGUUGAUACUCGGUUCUCGGCUACUUAAUUGUGAUGCUGAUAAUAGGGAUGUUGACGAGAGAGUUAGUACCCUGUUUCCUUAUCAUGUUGAUAUCAAACCUCCUGAGGAGGAGACCCAUCUAGAUUUUUGGAAAAACCAAAUGGAGGAAGAUACAAAGAAAUUUCAGAUGCAAGAUAAUAGAAACCACAUCAUAGAGGUACUCUCAGCAAAUGACCUAGACUGUGAUGAUUUGAGCUCAAUCUGCUUCGCAGAUACUAUGGUUCUCAGCAAUUACAUAGAGGAAAUCAUUGUCUCAGCAGUCUCUUACCACUUGAUUCACAACAAGGACCCUGAAUACAAAAAUGGAAAGCUCAUUCUAUCUUCUAAGAGUUUGUCCCAUGGGUUAAGCAUUUUCCAAGGUGAGCACGGUGGGAAAGACACCCUGAAAUUGGAAGAAACAAAGGAUGGUUUGAAAGGAGCUCUUGGAUCCAAGAAAACUGAGACAGACAAAUCAGCCACAGUUCCGGUUGGUGAUGGUCCUUUGCCACCACCAAAACCAGAAAUUCCAGAUAAUGAGUUUGAAAAGCGCAUCAGACCGGAGGUUAUACCAGCGAGUGAAAUAGGAGUGACAUUUGAUGACAUUGGAGCCCUGGCUGAUAUCAAAGAGUCUCUUCAGGAGCUGGUUAUGCUCCCUCUUCGACGGCCCGAUCUUUUCAAAGGAGGGCUUCUGAAGCCCUGCAGAGGGAUUUUGCUGUUUGGACCACCUGGAACUGGGAAGACAAUGCUUGCUAAGGCUAUAGCAAAUGACGCUGGUGCCAGCUUCAUCAAUGUAUCGAUGUCCACCAUCACAUCGAAAUGGUUUGGGGAGGAUGAGAAAAAUGUCCGGGCAUUGUUCAGUUUGGCUGCCAAGGUAGCUCCCACUAUUAUAUUCGUGGAUGAGGUCGACAGUAUGUUGGGGCAGCGCGCUCGGUCAGGUGAACAUGAGGCAAUGCGGAAGAUCAAGAAUGAGUUCAUGAGUCACUGGGAUGGUCUCUUGUCAAAGUCAGGUGAAAGAGUUCUUGUUCUUGCUGCGACAAAUAGGCCAUUUGACCUUGAUGAAGCCAUCAUCAGGAGAUUUGAGCGCAGAAUCAUGGUUGGGCUUCCAACUCAAGAGAGCAGAGAGCUGAUCUUGAGGACACUGUUGUCCAAAGAGAAAGUUGAUGAAAAUAUUGAUUUCAAAGAACUUGCAACCAUGACCGAAGGUUACAGUGGCAGUGAUCUUAAGAAUCUCUGCGUCACCGCUGCAUACCGCCCGGUUAGGGAGCUCCUGAAGAAGGAACGAGAAAAGGAACUACAACGAAGGGAGAAGGAGGAGAAAGAGAAGGCAGCAGCGACAAAAGAGAAUGCAGAAGCUCCAGAGAGUAAGAAAGAGAAUUCUGAAAGUAAGGAGAAUUCAGAAAGCAAGGAAGAGAAACCAGAUGGUAAGGCGGAUAACUCAGAGGCAAAAGCUGAAGGUUCCCACAAAGAAGCGGCCAUUGACCUUAGGCCACUGACAAUGGAAGACUUGAAGCAAGCAAAGAACCAAGUUGCAGCGAGCUUCGCCGCUGAGGGUGCUGUGAUGAACGAGCUGAAGCAAUGGAACGACCUCUAUGGCGAAGGGGGCUCCAGGAAGAAACAACAGUUGACGUACUUCUUAUAGGUUAUAUAAGCAUUUGGUGGAUCGCGGAGGACAGAGCAUUGGGUGGAUCAACGAGGAACAGAGCAUGAUUCUUAGUUGUAGCUAGCUUCUGUGAGGUGGAUGGUCAAUUGUAGGACUGGUCGUCAUGAACAAUUCUUUUACAUUUGUACAUGCGCUUCGCUAGACUUGUAAUUUCCUUCGUUUGUUAGUCUGUAUGUACAUUUAGAUUGAACAGCUCUUCAGCAUUAUUAGUACAAGACCACAUGUUGGACGGGUUCUGAUA